AUGAGUCGACUGGACAGUGUGCAGGACAAGGGCAACGACAACGACAACCCUGAGCCCAUCCGCCUCGACGCCGACCAGCAACCCACCACAGGAGGAAGCCAGGACGACGAGAAGCAGCCCUCGCCCUACGAGAAAGCACAUCACGACAACACACACGCCGAACGAGCUCGGGAAAAGGAAGAAGCUCGAGAGAAGAGCCAGGAGAACAGCGACGCGUCCAACAAGGAAGCCUCUACCGACGACCAGCCUGCUGGAGGCUACGAUGCAACCCCAGUCCCACGCGCUCCGCCAGGAUGGACCGUCAAGAUCAUCUUCCACCGCGCGACCAAUCUGCCCAUGGCCGACAUCAACUCCAUGUCGUCGGAUCCCUACGUGCUAGCCCAGAUCAAUACAGACAUGCCGAAACGUCAUAAGGAAGACCCCCUUCUGCGCAUGCGUACUCCCACCAUCCGUCGCAGCACCGACCCUGAAUGGAACUUUGAGUGGAUCGUCGGCAACAUUCCCUCGUCAGGCUUCAAGCUCAAAGCCCGUGUCUACGACGAGGACCCCAAUGACCAUGAUGACCGUCUGGGAAAUGUUCACAUCCCAAUUCACGAGAUCAACGACAAGUGGCCGGGCAUCCAAGAGCAGCCCUUCAAGAUCAUGAAGCGCUCGGGCAGCAAGCGCGCCUAUGCCGUUCGCGCCGUUGCUGCCUGCAUGAGCAAGGCAAAGCAUUUGCAUGGCGACCUCUACGUUAGCGUCCAGCUGCUCGGCCGCACAGACAUUGACAACGGCGGCCAUGUCUUUACCGUCGGUCCGCAAUGGUGGAUUAGGCAUCACGCUCCUAUGCUUGGGCGUAUCGCUGGCCGCAAGGAGCCCGAUGAUGACAAUGGCCAGACCGAAAAGGAAAAGUCAAAGACGGAGCGCUACAACUUCCAGGCCAACCAGAUCCAAUUCCGUGGUCCUGUGCCGGACGGUCUCUAUCACCGCUACGUCGAGUUCCGCCCCUUCGUCAAGCAAAUGUUUACGUCUAGCGGUGUGCGAGGAUGGGUCUUGUCAAAGGCUUUGCACCAUCAACACGCUCGAGUAUACAACUUUGACCGCACCACCAAAUGGGGCCACUUCCCUCAAGGCCCUUGCAAGGAAAUGACACAAGCCUUCCUUGACCUCGUACAUUACGAUGAGGGCGGGCGCAUCUUCACCUACGUCCUGAGUCUCGACGCGCUCUUCCGCUUUACAGAAACAGGCAAGGAAUUCGGUAUCGACAUGUUGAGCAAGCAUACCAUGCACAGCGACGUGAGCGUAUACAUAGCCUUUUCCGGUGAAUUCUUCAUCCGUCGCUUGAAGUACAAGAACAAGCCUCCUCCGCCAGAUGCAGCCGAUACUGGCAGUGUUAGCAGUGAGAACGACGAACAUGAUCACCAUCACGACGGCGCAAACGAAUCACAUCCACCAAACGACCUCUCCAACGGCCCACCCAACGACGAACCACCAAAAGAUCCCGCGCACUACCAACUCGUCAUCGACAACGACUCUGGCACCUACCGACCCAACGCCAAAAUGCUACCUCUGCUCAAAAAGUUCCUCGCUGCCAAUCUUCCCGGCCUCCACAUCCAAACCCUCGACUCACAGAAGGAUGCCGAGAAGAUGGGUCGUAUGAAACAGGCCCAACGCGAUCGCAAGAAGAAGGAAGGCGAUCAUAUCGUGUAUGCUCAGGCUGAUGCUAGCAGCAUCAGCAGUUCUGACGAAGAAGAGCUGGAUGCUUUGGAACAAUCUGCUCAGGAUGAGGAGGCCAGUGAGCCUGGGCUUGCGCAUCAACUCAAACAGGAUGCCGGGUUGAAGGGGAAAGCAAGGUUGGAACAGUGGAAGCAGAAUCUCCCUGGCCACACGAGGGAAUAG